AUGAUUCUUCCCUCGAUCAGUGGCCGUGGACGAGCGUUUCCUGCCGAAUCCUGUCGUUAUAUGCCUUGUUUAGCGAUCAGUAACUUCUGCAGAAGAUGGAAUUUCCAUAAUAAUUUUCAGGCGAACUGCACCGGGCCACAUUUUUUCUUUGUUUUUGUCUUUUUCUACAUCCGGACGCCGAAAUAAUGCUACAUCUGCUUUCAAUACACUGUUAACAAUAACACCACAUAAUACGCAAAAAAGAAGAAGAAGAAAAGAAAGAACAACGUAUGGACCUUUAAGACGAUAUUCGCGGUUGGUCACCCAUCCAGUUCUUAACCGACCCACAGGGCUUAACUUGAGUGCC